AUGGAGGAUCUGUGGAAUGCUGUUGAAGAAUGCGUUCUGGCUCCAUUUGUUAGCGCUUCAACGUCACAGAAGAUACCUUUUGUUUUUCUACCAUUAAAAGGACAAAUCAUUCAUCCGAGCAAGGAAAUAAAUUUUACAGGAAUUAAAGCACCGAUAUGCGCUGUAUCAAACUCCAAGUUCUUAACUGAAAAUGGUUGGAAAGACUUACGAAACACGUUAAACGGGGAAUUUCCAUUUCAACUGUUCAUUGACGAAGGGCGGACAUUUUUACAAUGGAUCGGAGAGACGGAGUUACGCUCAAGGAUGUCAGGCCGAUUAAUUCUGGUCCAUCUAGUAUGUCGCGACUCGGCGGCUGGUGGGCAAACUCCGGCGGAGGUUGAGUCAAUUUUUACACCGUGCGUUGCGUUUAGAGUAGUUGGUACGCCGUUGAAGUAUCUACAAAAUGUUAGCGAGGUAGUGUUUUCGGCGGAUGCUCAAGCAUCAGAAGAUAGUAGUAAUAGCCGUUUGAGUGUAACAGAGUACAUUGCAAUCGGAGUGUGUUCCAUUCUUCUUGGGUUGAUAUACGUUGCGUCGGUAUUCUUGUAUCUCCACAUCAGAAGACAAAGAAAAGGUGCGGGAAAUAGUAAAAAUCAGGGUAACCACCCAGGGGUGACUCCCGUAGAGGAAGGAAUUAUUAAAAGCAACCCUCUACUUGGACUUAACCGUCAUUUUACUGGCGUAGAUAGCAGCUAUAGUGAUUCAGGCAGUUCCGAUACAGAUGUAACUCCCGAUUUAGUCCAGAAUCACUAUGAUAGGAAAAAGAACAUUCAAACAUCGGCACUCAUUCAUCCUCAACAAUCAUAUUAUCACUGCUCGUCGUAUGUGUCCAAAGCCGUUUUGGAAUCGAUGUGUCAAGAUUCGUCGAACAUCGAAAGACUCCCAGAGGAAAACGUGUCAAUCGUUGAAACCAUGGAAGGGAGAGAAGAGCGUCCAGAUUCAAUCAGAGCAAUCACCGGGACGACUAGAAAGAAGUUAUACUUUAAUCCUGCGUACUUUGAGCCAGAAUUAUUACUUGCUCCUCCACCAGCUGCAUUAGAAUUCUUAAUCAAGAUCCGCGAAGUUAUAGCUAUAGCGAAACAGAAAAUGGCUUGCAAGAAAUUUUGUCCCAGUCUCCUUGGUAUCCCCGAAGAGGAAAGCACUAAUUUCUUCGAUCCCGCUUUUGAACAGUCACGUGCUGUCGGCAGCCGCAGAAGUAGUAUGAUCAGUUUGAAACGUGAAAAUAGCAGAAGGCGUACUUGUACAGGUUGUCCCGCAUGUGAGCCACAAGAUCUGAAAGCUUUAUGUGGAAAACUCCCUGAGUUUCCGUCUUUAGUGGCAUGUCACAAUUGUACAACAAUAAACUCCGACAGCAAACAGCGAAGCAUACAAAAGUGGCUGGAAGAUGUCCCCACACUCAAGCCAAAGACUAACGACGAAGCACAUGCUUUGGUGAGAUCUCUUGAGGGCAAGACUAUUGUGGGGCCUAAACGAGUACGCUCACCAACCAGAUCACUAUCACCCGGUAAUAUAUCAACACCGAUCAGAGCCUUAUCGCCGAAGCCUGCGUCGGAACGAGCGCGUUCUCCUAGCCCAACUUCGUCAAUGCAACCGCCGCUAAAGAAAACGCAUCAACCCAGAAAACCUACGACAAAAUCAAAAGCUCCACUGCCUCCGGUACCGACUGCUGAUUACAACAGAGAGAUCAAAGAAACAAUUGCUCCGAAGGGCAAAGAAGCACCAACUUUGACCCGAGAUCACAUGAAAACUGUAAUCGGUCAAUUUUCCAACCAUCGCCCCGUAGCUCGCGUCAACAAUUUUACUUCCGAUUCUUCGCCCAGUCCAGAGAUACCCAGAAAACCCAUUUUGGAUUAUGAAGUGGAUAGCUUGGAGAGGAGUCACAAACAUAAGGGAAACGAAACGCCGAUGGAGUAUUGCGAUUUAUCAUCACAGCCCAGUCCAAGUUUAAGCGCCGCUCUACCAAUGGCCGAAGAAAUGACUAUUCAAAACGCGGUAUUAAAUACUAAAACUGGAAAUAUGACAGUCUCCAGGCUUCAUUCCAAAAUUGCGGAUACAAGUUUGAACGACGACUAUGAGUUGAUCGUCGUAAGAAAGGGUAGUAACCACCACGUUGACCAUUCAGAUUUGUACAACUUACCCGACUACUUUCAAAAUGGCAACGGCUACAGUUUAGUGAGUGAAGUGUACGUCAAUAAUGGUUACAACUUUGGAAGUGCUUCGUCGUCCCCAUGCGCUUCAAACAGCUCUACUUUGGAAAAAAAGAUGAAACCAAAAAUUAAAUACGAACAACCGGAAUUAAAGCCCGGUCAACUGACUAUUGAAGUUGAAGAUUGUCCGAAUAAUUAUAUUCGAAUUGAUGAUUCGGACAAUUUCGAGCCGGAUACGCUAGAUCGAAAACCUAGCAAGAGAAGUAUAUCCAGUACAAAUAUUAACAGCGACGAUGGUUUAGACGAUUUGCACAGGUCAAAUUCAAUUUUAUUACGCACUACCGGUUCCUUUAAACAUAGCUCAUUUAUACACCCGUCAAAACCAACGAAUCCAGCUAAUGGUAGUUUCCAAAGAACUUUUAGGAGUCUUAGAGAAAUUUACGAAUAUAAGAAAACCAAACACGGCAUUCGAAGAAGCGCGGAUAAUCUCGCAAUGGUAGAUUCUGUGCAAUCAGCCCGCGAUGCAAAUUUCGUUACGUGGCAAAAUGAUUUUAGUAAACAACACGAGGGAAAGCUUUUAACUUUGCAGGAGAGGCAUUUGAAGCGCCAAAGGCGACUGGCGGCCCAAAACAUGAAAGCCGUCCCUCCCGACGUGAUACCGCCGCCGCCUCACAACACCUCGCUUUACGAACACGCGAAACCGCCCAGAAAAAUAAUCAUCGACCUGCAAAGGGCCAACAAACCACCUUUGCCGCCAAAAAACGGGAAUGGCAGGAGUACUAGUCAAACUCAAAGUAUAAAGGAAAUGAUUCCUGCUUCUCCUCAUUCUGAACAUUAUAGCGACGUGCCCUCAACUAGUCUAUCUGGUACUUCUGUCAGUCCCAAUUCCUCGGAUUAUGAAAUAUAUAAUACAGUAGGAGAAGCCGAUAACUACGAACAGACUGAACCGAAUGCGUACAAGAAUCACUUCCUGCUACACGCGCCAAGAGUAGCGGAACCGUUUCAUUCUCUAAAAAUGAAUAAAUACAGCGAUGAUAAUAAUAACAGCAUUUACUCAAGUCGCCUAGGCGGUUCUCAAGAAACCAAGCGAGAGUGGCACAAGGUCGUUGGCAACAAUAACCUAAGAAACAAAGUUAUGGACUCAGGUUAUUUAAGUACUGACUCGAAUGAUUCCCGCAGGAAACCGAUCGACUCGGAAAAGGACGUCUGCGCGGGAAGCGAAACGGAUGAGAGUUUAGGCGACGGCCAUAGCGAAUCCGGCGCAGAGAGUGUGGAGACCCAUUCUGUCUUCUUUGGGACAUAUAGAAGCCCAUCAUUUAUGUCAAAGUAUAAUGGUACCAACGCCGCAACAAUUAAUAAUGGUUACGUUAACAUUGAUGGUAUGGAUUAUGCUACAGUUGUCCCAGUCGAUACAAAUAGAUAACUUUAACGAUCUCUCUCUUUAGAAUAAUUCACAGCAUCGCUCUCAUCAGUGUACAUAUUAUAUUGAAACCAAAUGCUGAAGAAAAAUGUAUAUAUUUAGUAAACUAAUUUAUUACACCAAAUACAUUGUAAAGUAGUUCCAAUUAAAUUUAAGUUAACAAAAGCUCUGUAGAUUACUUCAAUAUUGUGCAAUAUUAAUAAUCGUGGUAGGCUUGAUCUACCUGCAAUUGUAUUGUUGUGAUAUACAUCGGGCCGGAAGUGCAAUAAUUACUUUAGAAACUGUUGCAAUAUUAUUUAAUAAGAUAUGCAAUAUUAUUAUUAGUGCCUCAAUUUCAACACACCACUUAUUGUAUCUCUUGUCAUUUUCAACUUUUGAAGAGAAUUUUAAUGCCACAGUGCCAUGUAAUUAGAUUCCUAUUAGAAAACGGUCAGGUACAGGUUUACUUUUUCGUGCCUUUUUAUUACAUAUACCUACUUGCCUACACCACUGUAAAUUUGUGCAAUACUUUUUUAACCAUUUAGGUAUGUGAUAAACUUUGUUAGGCAUAGGAAAUAUGGUGCAAUAAUGUUUUUGCCAAUAGAAAAUGUACAAAUUAUUUGUUAUUUGUAAUACUUGUACAGUGGUAUAAUUAUAUUUUUAACUAUUACUAUGUAAUAAUUGUUUUGGAAUGUUGGUAAUUGCUUACAUAAAUUACCAGCAUACUAAAACUAGUAUUUUAUUGUAACGCGAGCUUCCACGUACCUGCUGCAGUGUAUAAAGUAACCAGGUAUAGGGACAAAGCCUUCGCUAGGGUUUAUGGUAAAUAGAAGUGGUGUGAAUGGGAAUACAAUCGACAAUAAUUUGUAAUAUAGCUAUCUAUAUUAUGUUAACGACUUAUUGAUAAUUCGAUAGACCUGCUCGGCUAAGUUUUAUAGUUUUAUACGCGGUUAUAUACCCUGCCUUUUAGUUAUUUAAUGUGUACACUUGUGUUUUGUAUAGGUAAAAAAGUUUAGUAUGUAUUUAAGUCAUUGGUAUCUCUGUUUUGUGGUGGUUUGUAUUGAAAUGAUAUGUUUUCUAUG